CAGCUCCGGCACUCUCUUCCUCGCAGGCGCUCGGCACAGAUGAACAGGGGAUGAGAGCGGAUGGAUUUUCUGCCUCUCAGUGAGUGGAAUUUACAUGAAGAAGAUAUACAACAAUCUCUAAGAGAAGGAAAGAGGAAGACAGCCUGGAUUCUGUUUUGCCAUAAGGAUAUCACCAUGGCUCAGAAUCUCAUCCUCAACAGCACCUGGAAGAUGUCGAACCCCUCCAAUGCCUCAAGCUUUCAGGAGAACAGCGUAAUCCCCCAGAACAUCACCUACGUGGAUUUCUACCUCCACAAACCCUCGGUGGCUGCUGUCUUCACCAUCUCCUACCUGCUCAUCUUUGUGGUGUGCAUGGUGGGGAACGGGGUGGUGUGUUUCGUUGUGUUGCGCAGGAAGAACAUGCGCACGGUCACCAACCUGUUCAUCCUCAACCUUGCCAUCAGUGACCUGCUGGUCGGCAUCUUCUGCAUGCCGACCACUCUGGUGGACAACAUCAUAACAGGGUGGCCUUUCGGUAGAGUCGUGUGUAAGCUGAGUGGAAUGGUCCAAGGAAUAUCUGUGUCAGCAUCUGUGUUCACACUUGUAGCAAUAGCUGUUGACAGGUUCCGCUGCAUUGUCUAUCCUUUCAAGCAGAAACUAACCAUCGCCACCUCAAAGCUAAUUAUCGUCAUUAUAUGGGUCCUGGCGGUGUUGAUCAUGUUUCCCUCUGGGGUCAUGCUCCAGGUCACGAAAGAGCAGAGGGUGCGGAUAGUCCUCGGACACAACAACGACAGCCGCCCCUUCUUCUGGUGCCGGGAAAAUUGGCCCAAUCAGGAAAUGAGGAAAAUCUACACCACCGUUCUCUUCGCUAACAUUUACCUCGCUCCUCUCAGCCUUAUUGUCAUCAUGUACGCCCGCAUUGGCUUCACCCUCUUCAAGACCGCUAUUCCUCUGAUGAGGGCCAGUGGAACUGUGUCUGGAGAAGGGAGCGGCAACAACAAACUGGGCAUGGAAAGUCGCCACACAAUUUCCAGGAAGAAGAAGAGGGUGAUAAUGAUGCUGCUGAUCGUGGCUCUGCUCUUCGUCCUGUCCUGGCUGCCCUUGUGGACACUGAUGAUGCUGAGUGACUACGCCAGCCUGACAGAGCACCAGUACCGUGUCAUUAACAUCUACGUGUAUCCCCUAGCUCACUGGUUGGCUUUCUUCAACAGCAGCGUCAACCCAAUCAUCUAUGGGUUCUUCAAUGAGAACUUCCGCAGGGGCUUUCAGGCGGCGUUCAAAUUCCAGCUGUGCUCUGGUGACAUUGAGCACAAAAGGACCUACUCCCACCGGAUCAGAGUGAACGCUGUGGUCCCAGCCCAGCCUGCCACACUCAGCAGACCUGGCUCCAGAGUGGGAUCAGUGUUAGUGGGGAAGGGGAUGUGCUCGUUCAAGGAAGAGGGGUUCUUGGCCGGAAGAAAUGAUAACAAAGAACAACAAGACCUGAUCAUGGAAGAUCUGGAAAAGGUGUCUCAUAUUUAGACGCACUGGGAGUGCACAGCACAUAGACACUUAAAUGGGGUUCUAAUGCUUAUGGAGAAACACUUAUUGCAAUGGAAAGGUCAAUGGAAAGCAGAACGCAGAAAUAUGUGUUCCAAGAGAAUGUACUCUCAAGGUCUGCAGUAUGUGUAUUUGUCUUUAUAAGUGUUCCUAAUGGUGUAUAUAACAGAGGAUAAAGUGUCCAAUUGGUUUGAUUGGCAUUGCGAUCAUGAGCAAACAGCUCAACUGGAGUCAGAUUUUGAUUCAGAUGUUGCUAAAGCAGGAACAAAUCAUACAAACUCUCUCAUGUGAAAAUGCUCGACGACGUGAGAGCAGCCUGCAUGUCACACUCUGUGAGGUGAGAAAGAUGUGAGAGACCUUCAGGAGAUUAAAAAAAUAAAUAAAUAAAUACCAAUUGAAUGUCAAAUCUUUCUGACAUUCACUUUUUUUUUUUUUAGAACCGGCAUAUUUUUAUUUUUAUUUUCCAAACCAAUCCAAAACCCCUUUAAGUCUGAACAGAAAAAAACACCUGUGAAGGUCUGGCCUGUGUGUUCAGUACCAGGUAUUUAUUGGACGCAGCUCCCUGCAGUGAUGUAAAACAUGACAGCAAAGUGUUUUCAUCCUAUUUCCGCCACACUGAUGCAACACCAGAAAUGGAGGCAAUGUCACCUUGUCCGCGCUCUGACGCUCGAGUUCAAAGUGACUGACUGACGUACGGACACUAAAAAUAUAUAUAUUGUUUUAUCAAAGUUAAUUGGCUUCCGUAGUGCUCAGAAAUCGGUACGCAAAUUGUGUCUGCAGGGUGACGUAAAACCUGCGAAAUUCAACGAAUGCUCUUUUUUAGUGCGCCGUCCAAACCAGAGUUUAAAUCAGAGGGUCAGCGGACGUUGAUCUUACUGCCGCAGGUUUGUCAUGUUUCAGGGGGACGAUGGCAGCUUGAAACACAGGAAGGAGAAUGGGAUGCCUGUCAAGAGUGGAGUGCAAGGCGGUGUGUUGAGAAUUGUGUCAACGUCCUCCAGUCAAAGUGCAUGUUGUCGCGCCUCAGGGCAGUUGGCUGCGGCUGAUGGCUAUGACGGGCAGUGGCACUGGAAGAAAAUCACAGGCUUAUUUGGAAACCAUCCGUUGUGGCCCCCACUUAUCUGCUCUUUGCAGGGCGUAGGGAGAUUGGAGCAUAAAACCAUGUCAGAAUGAACACAAUUGCAUUAUUAUAAGUCGCUUGCAGUCGGAUUGGGGAUUUUGUUUUUUUUACUUAAGACAAAUAACACUCUGUAUAAUAACACUCUGUACUCUUAACCUUCCAGUCACACCUACAGAAUACGCACUGUUGUGCAAAAGUGACCGCUUUACCAUGAUCGUACAACAUUUGUGUCGUUUUUACAUGUGUUCGUUUUGUAAAGCAUAGGGUGUCUGACAUAUGCACCUAUGAAAAUGUGACCUCAGUCUGUAACAUGUUAUUGUGUCGUACUGUUGCCGAAUAACAUCCACAAAUUCAGUUAUAUUAUAGCUCAAUGUCAAAUAAAGACGUGGAACAAAAUGAGAAUUUAGGAAGAGUUGUGUACUAUUAUAUUAAUUAUGAUGUUGCACUAAAACGACUAAAACAUUGUAAAUAACAUGCUUUGUGGUCAGUAUUUGCCAAACUAGAGUAAAGAGUGUGUUUGCUUAAAGGUAUAACGUGGAGUUUUUGACCACUCGUGCUGCUACAGAACACGGAUUUUCAAAGAAUUGUUUACUGCAUUAUGUAAGGAUGCAUCUGCACACUGUCUACUUUCCUGCUGUUAGUUUCAAAAUAUUACGUCAGCUGACAGUGGGUUGUAGUGCUUCACACACACACACACACGCGAAGAUUUCUUUAAAAAGGACAGAAAUACACUCAACAAGUUUAUUGUUGGCCGCUCGGUAUCACGUUCUGAAGUGUCUUAUAGUAAUGAAGGUGUACUUUUUUGUAUGCUGCAGCCGUACAUGAGCAUGCUUCCUUUGAUUAUGGUGCAUUAGUUUGUUAUUCAUGUGUUUUUCCAAACAAGUCAGCGGCAUGAAUAUACUUAUUGUUAAGCUGUGUGCGCGCGGCAGUUUGAAAGCACUCUUAAUGAUCCUACAGCAAGCACUGCAAAUAACCUGCCCCAGGGAGUGACGGAGAAGAAGAAUAUCUCACUGAUGGAGUGUAUUCAGCGUUCAGUUCAUUUAUUAUGAUGGUGUUGUCGGUGUGUCUGCACUGAGCUGUUAAUUAUCAGUGUGUGUUUAUAUAUAUAAAAUGACAGUGAAACUUUGAAAACACUUGUGAGCAUGCAGACGUCCGUGAUAUGUAAUUAUUCUGUCGUGAAUAUUAUUACAUACAUGCUACCUGUAUUUUAAAAGAAACAUGGUGUGUG